UAGUGGGUGAUUAAGAGCUGCACGGGACGCCCGCCCUCCCUCUCUUUCCUAUGUUCCCUUGGCUUGAUGGAAAGGGCAAGAAGAAAGCCGAGCUCGCCGAUGGCGGUUGAGUGUAUUUCACGACACCCGACCAUGGACUCACUCCCUCUCUCGCUAUAUAACCGCCAACAGACUCCCCCUUUCCCGCUAGCUAUCAUCGCGCACGAGGCCAACCACUCUCUCUCUCCUACCUCCGUGUACUCCAUGGACGACCGAGCCAGUGCCUGACUCACUCUCGCAUCACAUGUGAGCCACCCUACAACAAGAAAGACAGAGAGGGGCAGAGUUAUCUUGCUUGCUUGCUUGCUUGGGUUGGGUUGUGUGUGGGUAUGGAGCUGCCGGCGGAGAGGCGGGCGGAGGAGGCGGCGGGAGUGGGCGGAUGCAGGGUGCCGGGCGGGCUGCCGAUCGGGUUCCGGUUCCGGCCCACCGACGAGGAGCUGCUGCUGCACUACCUGCGCCGCAAGGCCCUCUCCUGCCCCCUCCCCGCCGACAUCAUCCCCGUCGCCGACCUCGCGCGCCUCCACCCAUGGGACCUGCCAGGCGAGGCCGACGGCGAGCGGUACUUCUUCCACCUGCCGGCCACGGGGUGCUGGCGGAGGGGCGGCGGCGCCGGCAGGGCGGGCGGCAGCGGCGUGUGGCGGGCGUCCGGGAAGGAGCGGCUGGUGGUCGCGCCCCGCUGCGGGCGGCCCAUCGGAGCCAAGCGGACGCUCGUCUUCUGCCGCCGCGGCGGCGCGCGCACCGGCUGGGCCAUGCACGAGUACCGCCUCCUGCCAGCCGGCCUCGCCGCCUACGCCACCGCCAAGAGCCUCCACGACGCCAAGGACUGGGUGGUCUGCCGCGUGUUCAAGAAGGCCACGCCAGCGCGCCACGGCACGGCCCGCGGGCGGCGGAGGGGCGGGGAUGACCUGCCAGCGCCGCCGUCCCCGGCGUCCUCCUGCGUGACCGAGUCGCGCAGCGGCGGCAUGGAGGAGGAGGAGGACGACGACGAGGCCGCGUCCAAUUCGCCGCGGCGAGAGGAUUAGAGAAGCUGACCUGACCUGACCUCAAUCAUGGACAUGGUCCCUGUAAUUUUCUAAUCAGUGCUCCCCCUUUAAUCCGUCGCUCUGCUAAUGUGGUACCAGUACGUAGUAGCAGUAGUAAUCGUCAUCAGUUCCGACUUAUCAGGAGAAUCAAUCCGAGCUCAGGCAAUCAGGAAACCGAGCUCAGGCGAUCAAACACCUCACCAUGUUUGACGAGUGAGCUGAGAGAGCUCACUGUGAAUCAAAGAGUUCAUGUUCGAAGUAA